CCUCCUAUUUUAUACAAUUAGAUAUAUGAGUAUAUAUAUACACCCCCAUUACACACCAUGGUAACACGUAAGACUAGUCAAAGGGCAAAUGUGGGUUCGCUCCAAGCUGGGCUGAUCCUGUCCGCCCAGACUUCAUGAGUUGUAAAAUCUGACUACUCCCCCCAAAAAUCUUUCCUAGAUUUAACAAAUCAUUUCACGUCCACUAUGAAAUUCCCUUCUUUGGCGGGUAAAGCUCAUUUACCGGCAAAAACUUGCAAAAACCACAUUAGUUCCCGCUUUUUCUCUCUGUUAUUUGCAGACUCUGCUUAAAAUAAUCAUGAAGAACCCUCAAAAGAAUGGACAAAAAUUAGGGUUUCUUUAGGUGUUCAUCGAAACAAACAAAAAGAACAAGUUAGGGUUUGUUGGGUCUCAUGUCUUCUAUCACCAGAGAGAGAAAGAGGACGAGUUAAGAGAAGAGAGUAAUUUCCUUUUUGGGUUUGUUUCCUUUGUUAUUUAACAUGAGAGACUAGGGUUUUGUACUGUAACUGCCAGAAGUUUUUGGUCUUUCGGAAACUAAAUUGUUGUAAUUAAAGUUUCCAAAGCCAAAAACUUUUCUGGGUCCAUUGUAUUUAAUGCAUUGCACAUUUUCUUUUUAAUGCCUGAACGGUUUUGAGCUGUGUCACAGAAGGACCUGCAAAAUGAAGUUCAUGUGCUCUGCAAAUCUGUACUUUCAGAUUGUUCGAACUUCUAAUUUGUGCAACAGAGGCUUUGUUUGCUGUAAAGAUUGAUCUUUGAGAGGCUCAUUUUACCCAGAUUCGCUCUGUUCAUGUGGAGAUGGUGUGGGUUGCCAUUGGUCAUUUUAUUGAAGAAAAUGUUGUUGUGGCUGUUGAAUGGUGUGUGAGUCAACUGGGUUUCUUUGAAUAGGGGAUUUGAGGGCUUGAAAGAUUACUUUGGUUCUUGACAUUAAGCUUCUAUCAUAUUUGGGUGAAGCCAUUUUUUGGUGGUUUUAGUAUGAAUUGCUUUAGGAUUUUGGUGGUAUCCCUUUUUUUGGUCUCUGCCAUUGCACAGCUUCCUUCACCGGACAUCUUGGCACUGCUUGAAUUCAAGAAGGGGAUCGAGCGUGACCCCACGGGUUUUGUGCUUGGUUCUUGGAAUGAGGAGUCCAUCGACUUCAAUGGGUGCCCCUCCUCUUGGAAUGGGAUUGUGUGCAAUGGUGGAAAUGUUGCAGGGGUUGUCCUUAAUAAUCUGGGUUUGUCCGGGAAAGCUGAUUUGAGUGUGUUUUUGAACCUCACAAAGCUUGUGAAACUCUCCAUGUCCAACAAUUCGUUGACUGGAAAAGUUCCCAACAAUGUAGGUGGCCUCAAAAGCCUUGAGUAUCUGGAUAUUUCGGACAAUUUAUUCAUUUCAUCAUUACCAUCAGAUAUUGGUAAGUUGAGGAGCUUACAGAACCUCUCGUUGGCCGGAAACAACUUCUCUGGCUUUAUUCCAGAAUCAAUUUCAGGGCUUGCCUCUCUCCAGUCUUUGGACUUGAGUCGCAACUCCUUUUCUGGGUUACUGCCAUCAUCAUUGACUAAGUUGACGAGUUUGGUAUUUCUAAAUCUGUCUCUUAAUGCGUUCACAAAGAAAAUCCCAAAAGGCUUUGAGCUGAUGACAAAUCUUGAGGUGCUUGACUUGCACGGUAACAUGCUUGACGGAAAUCUAGAUGUGGAAUUCUUGCUUCUUUCAAGUGCCAUUCAUGUUGAUUUUAGUGGGAAUUUGCUAUUGAAUUCUGCAUCACAGCAGCAGAAAUUUCUACCGGGCAUUUCAGAGACUAUUAAGUAUCUAAAUCUUAGCCACAACCAGCUCAAAGGUUCACUGGUGAGUGGGGGUGAACAACAGAUAUUUGGGAACUUGAAGGUGUUGGAUUUAAGCUACAACCAGCUGUCUGGAGAAUUACCUGGAUUUAAUUUUGUCUAUGAGCUUCAGGUCCUCAAGCUCAGUAACAACAUGUUUUCUGGUUUGAUUCCUAAUGGCCUUCUGAAAGGGGAUUCUUUGGUUCUAACUGAAUUGGAUUUGAGCAGAAACAACCUUACAGGACCAAUAAGCAUGAUAACGUCAACUACUUUGAACAUCCUUAAUCUUUCCUCAAAUGGGCUUUCUGGUCAAUUGCCAUUGGUGACUGGAAGCUGUGCAGUACUUGAUCUGUCAAAAAACCAAUUCAGAGGAAAUUUAACCAGGUUAAAGGAUUGGGGUAACAUUGAAUUCCUCGAUCUCAGCCAGAACCGUUUAACAGGAUCCAUUCCUGAGGUAACUUCACAAUUUCUGCGUUUAAAUUACCUCAACCUCUCCCAUAAUUCCCUUAUUAGCACUCUCCCAACAGCGAUUUCACAAUUUCCUAAACUUUCAGUCCUUGAUAUCUGUUUCAACCAGUUAGAUGGACCUAUUUUAACUACUCUGCUAACAUCGCCCACAUUGCUAGAACUUCACCUCGGAAACAAUUUUCUUAUUGGAAGUAUUGAGUUCUCUGCUCCUCCCUCCAUUGAACCCAAUCUUCGGGUUCUUGAUCUUUCUCAUAACAGGCUUAGUGGCUAUUUUCCGGAUGGAUUUAGGUUAUUGAGUGACCUUCAAGUGCUCAGUCUAGCUGGCAAUAAUUUCUCUGGUUCUCUGCCAACUUCCAUGGCUGACAUGAGUUCCCUAAGUUCAUUAGAUAUCUCUCUGAAUCAUUUCACAAGUUCGUUACCAAGUAACUUUUCAAACCUUAUUCAAAGCUUUAAUGUGUCGUAUAACGAUCUAUCUGGGGUUGUCCCAGAGAAUCUAAGAAAGUUUCCACUAUCUUCUUUCUACCCUGGAAAUUCUGGAUUACAGUUUCCGAAUGGUCCUCCUGGACUGAGCCAUUCUCCACCUGGAAUUCCCAAGAGGAAACCAAUCAGGACUAUAGUCAAAGUGGCGGUGAUAAUUGCAUGUGUGCUUGCUAUCUUAAUUCUGAUCCUGCUUGCCACCUUCAUUCAUUACAUUCGCAUAUCAAGGAGAUCUCUUCCAGAGCACGCUUCAAACAAAGAUAUACACAGGCGGGCCCUACCAAAUCCUUCUGUCUUCAGGGGAAGGGACAGUGCUGGUGCUUUAGUUGUUUCCGCUGAGGAUCUUAUGACUUCACGGAAAGGAUCUUCAUCUGAGAUAAUAAGUCCUGAUGAGAAAAUGGCAUCCAUAACUGGCUUCUCCCCAACAAAGAACAGUCAAUUCUCUUGGUCACCAGAAUCUGGGCAGUCUUAUACUGCAGAAAACCUUGCGAGAUUGGAUGUUGUCAGGUCACCAGAUCAAUUGCCUGGUGAGCUGUAUUUUCUUGAUGAUACACUUUCAUUUACACCUGACGAACUAUCUAAAGCUCCAGCUGAAGUGUUGGGGAGAAGUAGUCACGGGACUUCAUACAGGGCUGUACUUGAUAAUGGUAUGUUCUUGACUGUGAAAUGGUUGAGAGAAGGGGUGGCAAAACAGAAAAAGGAUUUUGCUAAGGAAGCUAAGAAAUUUUCAAAUCUCAGGCAUCCGAAUGUCGUGGGAUUGAGAGGGUACUACUGGGGUCCCACACAGCAUGAGAAGCUCAUUCUUUCAGAUUACAUCUCACCCGGAAGUCUUGCAAGCUUUCUUUAUGAUCGUCCUGGAAGAAAGGGUCAACCAUUAUUCUGGGCCCAAAGGCUCAAAAUAGCAGUUGAUGUUGCACGUGGCCUGAAUUAUCUCCAUUUUGACCGUGCCAUUCCACAUGGCAACCUCAAAGCGACCAACAUACUCUUAGAUGGCCCUGAUCUUAAUGCCCGUGUUGCUGAUUACUGCCUUCAUCGCCUAAUGACUCAGGCUGGCACCAUUGAGCAGAUCCUUGAUACUGGCGUGUUAGGUUACCGUGCACCAGAGUUGGCUGCUUCCAAGAAGCCACAGCCCUCCUUCAAGUCUGAUGUUUAUGCAUUUGGAGUAAUUCUGUUGGAACUCUUGACUGGAAAAUGUGCUGGUGAUGUGGUUUCUGGUGAAGAUGGAGUGGUAGAUUUAGCGGAUUGGGUGCGGUUGAGAGUAACUGAAGGUCGUGGAUCAGACUGUUUUGAUGCUGCAUUGAUCCCAGAGAGGAGGAUUCCAGCAUCGGAGAAGGGAAUGAAGGAGGUCCUUGGGAUAGCACUGCGAUGUAUACGCUGUGUAUCUGAGAGGCCAGGUAUCAAGACUAUAUAUGAAGAUCUUUCCUCAAUAUGAUUUGUUGAUUUCAUUUUGCUGGGCUUUAGAUUUAUGUGGGAAUCAAGUAGUUCAUUGGCCUCCCUUUUAGAGUAGUUUAGUUUAGCAUCUAGUUUGAUGGGCUAAUUUUAUUAACCAAUGUUGUAAAGUUUGGGCAUAUUUCAGUGUAAACAAACUUUCACCCUUUGUUGACAAGCUUUGAUCAAUGCUUCAAAAUGGCUAUGACUGUCUAAAUUGUGUUUGGAGCUUGGCCAAGAAAAUGGUUGUUUCUUCAGAUAUAUCAUUCUCUUGGUAUUCCUUAUUGGUUGCAUAUUAGCAGAGCCUUCAGUUCAUCAACUAGAUGGGGAGCAUUCACCUCCUCAUUUCUAAUUAUUUUUUUUUUAUUAAAAAAAUAAUUAUUCCUCAA